AUGGGAAGCAUUCCAGCAGCACAAAUUGACUUGAAGAAUUUACACCUUCGUGUCCAUUCUGGAGAGCGGCCAUAUAAGUGUUCAUUUUGUCCAAAAGCUUUCACGGCAUCUUCCAUACUUCGCACACAUGUCCGUCAGCACAGCGGUGAGAAACCAUUCAAGUGUGCAUUCUGCGGCAAACCUUUCGCAUCUCAUGCUGCCCACGAUAGCCAUGUUCGUCGUACACACGGUGUCAAUAAAGAGUGA